UUCAUCCAUAUGAUUUUGGUAGUAUAAAAAUGGAGAGGCUAUCUAUUAUUUCUAUAUUCUUCCAAGCAAGAACAAACUAUGGAGAUCAAAUUUCUUGUCCUUGGUUUUUUUUCACUUGCAAUUCUGCAGGCUCAGGGCCAGGAUCAAUCAGACUUUAUCAGCCUUGACUGUGGGUUGCCAGCAAAUACUAGCUAUUCUGAUGAAAAAACCAGCCUAUAUUACAUUUCAGAUGCGUACUUCAUUUACAGCGGCGUAGCUAGGAGCUUGCCACCUGAAUUCAGUACAAAUAGCAUUGACAGGCAGCUUUGGUACGUCAGGAGCUUUCCUCAGGGCAUCAGAAAUUGCUACAACGUAACGGUUACUGCAAAUACCAAAUAUUUGAUCAGAGCCACUUUUAUGUAUGGAAAUUACGAUAAUUUAAAUCAGCUGCCGGAAUUUGACCUGCACAUAGGACCUAACAAAUGGGUUACAGUGCAAAUACAAAAUACAUCCACUCCUGUAAUAGAGGAGAUCAUAUAUGAUGCUUCAGUGAGUUACAUAUGUAUAUGUCUUGUAAAUAUAAACUCUGAAACUCCAUUUAUUUCAGCAUUGGAAUUAAGGCCUUUGAGAAAUACUACGUAUGUAACUCAGUCUGGAGCUGGAGCGCUUGCCUUAAUCGGACAACGGCUGGACCUUGGUUCAAUAAGUAAUCAAGAUCAUGUCAGGUAUCCUUAUGAUAUCUUUGAUCGUUUCUGGUAUCCCUUUCAUUUAAUCCAACUGACAGACAUAAGUACCAAUCUCACUAUUGAUGUCGGAAGCCAUAACGAUUACCAGCCGCCGCCAAUCGUGAUGAGGAGCGCAGUUAUACCAGCAAACAGCAGCAAUCCCUUGCAACUAUCCAUAGGCGAUAGCGUGAAAUACAAAAAUUUCCAAUUUUAUAUGUACAUGCACUUCGCCGAUGUUGUGAAGCUUGAAGCUAACCAGUCGCGUAAAUUCAACAUUUCUCGAAAUGGAACCAUCUGGUUCGGACCUAUUAUUCCUCUUUACUUGUAUACAAGCACUGCAUACAGCCAAUCAGCCAUCACUGGAGGAGACUAUCUCUUUUCCCUCUUCAAAGUUGAUGGGUCAACUCUGCCGCCUCUUCUUAAUGCAGUUGAAGUUUAUUACUUGAUUGAGCUCUUACAAUCAGAAACAAGCAGACCUGAUAUUGACGCAAUCAUGAGCAUCAAGUCAACGUAUGGAAUAAGCAGAAACUGGCAAGGAGAUCCAUGUGCUCCUCAGGAGUAUGUGUGGGAUGGUCUUAACUGCAGCUAUAAUGGGACAGCACCUAUAAUCACAUCACUGAACUUAUCCUCCAGCGGAUUGACAGGUGAGAUAGCUUCUGAUAUAGCCAAUCUGAAAUCGCUAAGAUCUCUGGACUUAUCAAACAAUAGUUUAAUUGGACCUGUGCCUGAUUUUCUCUCUAAGUUGGUGUCCUUGGAAGUACUAAACCUGACAGGCAACAGGCUCACAGGUAGAAUUCCAGUUGACCUCUUAAAGAGAAGGCAAAAUGGCUUGCUAUUGCUAAGUGUUGACGGAAAUCCAGAACUUUGUGCAUUGGAUUCAUGCAAUGAUAAUAACAAGAAGAAUUACGUUGUUCCAGUAACAGUAUCGGUUUCUGCAUUAUUUGCGAUAGUAGCAGCAAUAUCACUGGCAAUAUGCCUUAAAAGAAGAAAGAAACAAGCAGCAGGUACAUAUAUUUAUAACUUUAGUUUAGUAAUAAAUAUUUCAACCUCAUCACAAUAUUCCUAUUUACACAUUACAGUAGCUGGUGAGAUGAUGGAAGCUCAAGCGAGGAUAUUAGAGUCAAGAAAACGACAAUUCACCUACUCUAAAGUCCUGGAAAUGACCAAUAACUUUGAAAGAGUUCUUGGCAGGGGAGGAUUUGGAACCGUUUACCAUGGCCUCUUGGGUGAUACUGAAGUAGCUGUAAAGACGCUUUCUCCAUCCUCAGUUCAAGGCUACAAAGAGUUCCAGGCCGAGGUUAAACUUCUUUUGAGAGUUCAUCACAAAAACUUGACUACCCUCGUCGGAUACUGCGAGGAACCCAGCCAUAUGGUGCUCAUCUAUGAAUACAUGGCCAAUGGAGACUUAAAACACCAUCUCUCAGGCGAUGACCCAGUAAAUAUCUUAAGCUGGGAGGAGAGACUUCGAAUAGCCAUUGGCGCAGCACAAGGAUUGGAGUAUCUUCACAAUGGCUGCAAGCCGCCAAUUGUGCACAGAGACGUGAAGACUACAAACAUCUUGUUGGACAGUAAUUUCCAAGCCAAAUUAGCUGAUUUUGGGCUGUCCAGAAUUUUUCCAACCGAAGAUGGCUCUCAUGUGUCGACAACUGUUGCUGGCACUCCAGGCUACCUGGAUCCCGAGUACCAUGUAACAAACUGGUUGACUGAAAAAAGCGAUGUUUAUAGUUAUGGAGUUGUUCUUCUAGAGAUCAUUACAAGCCGACCAGUGAUUGCCAAAACUGGUGACAGGACUCAUCUGAGCACUUGGGUUAGUUCCAUGCUUGACAAAGGAGAUAUUAAGACCAUUUCUGAUCCAAGAUUGCUUGGAGAUUUCGACACUAAUUCUGUCUGGAAAGUUACAGAACUUGCAAUGGCUUGCGUUUCUGAAAUUUCUGCUGAAAGACCAACUAUGAGCCAAGUGUUGGUGGAACUGAACGAGUGUUUAGCAACAGAGACGGCUCGAACAAGAGAGGGACGUAGUCAAUCAAAUAGUAAUUCUAUUGAAUUUACGAACGUGGAUCUGUCUUCUGGACUAUUUCCCCAGCCAAGGUAGUCUUUUCAGGAAAGGAACAUUCAUAAGUGCUGCUAGUUUACCUGUUUUUGUAAUUAUAUGUAGCAAAACCAUGAGACAAAUAUAGAUAAUAAUUUCUGUAGAACUCAGUAAUAUUUGUUUAAUAGUUGUAAUAAAUUGGAAGGUUUUUGGAAGCUGAGUUGUAAGAGG